AUGGCGGAGGCCGUCAAGCCCCGGAGCAGGCCGAGGAGCAGCCGGGGAAGGACCAAGGUAACCCGGGGAGCGAGGGAGGGAGGCAGGCGGGCGGGCGCCUUGCUGCCUCGCAGGUAGACUGCCUCUCGGCGGGGAGGCUCCACUAGGCUUCUCGCAGGUAGACUGCUGCUAUACAGGAGAGGCUGCAUUUAGGUAUUUCAGAGGUUGGCUGCCUUUCUGAUGUUUGGGGUGGGGUCCAUUAAGGCAUCUCACAGGUAGACUGCCCCCUAGCAGGGAGGCUCCACUGAGGCUUCUCGCAGGUAGACUGUUGCUUGGCAGAAGAGGCCAUUAGGCAUCUUAUGGACAGGUAGACUGCCCUCUAGCAGGAGGCUGCACUAGCCUUUUGGGGGGGGUGGGGGGUGGGAGGGAAGUCCAUUAAGGCAUCUCACAGGUAGACUGCCCCCUAGCAGGGAAGCCCCAUCAAGGCUUCUCACAGGUAGACUGUUUCUCAUUAGGGGAGGCGCCAUUAAGGCAUCUUAUAGGACAGGUAGACUGCCCUCUAGCAGGGAGGCUCCACUAGCCUUUUGGGGGGGGUGGGGGGUGGGAGGGAAGUCCAUUAAGGCAUCUCACAGGUAGACUGCCCCCUAGCAGGGAGGCUCCACUGAGGCUUCUCGCAGGUAGACUGCUGCUUGACAGAAGAGGCUGCAUCUAGGUAUUUCAGAGGCUGGCUGCCUUUUUGGGGGGUGGGAGGGAGGGAAAUCCAUUAAGGCUUCUCACAGGUAGACUGUUCUCUAGUAGGGAGGCUGCACCAACACUUCUCGCAGGUAGACUGCUGCUGUACAGGAGAGGCUCCAUUUAGGUAUUUCAGAGGCUGACUGCCUUUUUUGGGGGUGGGUGGGAGUGAAAUCCAUUAAGGCAUCUCAUAGGUAGACUUCCUCUUAUCAGGGAAGCCCCAUCAAGGCUUCUCACAGGUAGACUGUUUCUCAUUAGGGGAGGCGCCAUUAAGGCAUCUUAUAGGACAGGUAGACUGCCCUCUAGCAGGGAGGCUCCACUAGCCUUUUUGGGGGGUGGGGGGGUGGGAGGGAAGUCCAUCAAGGCUUUUCACAGGUAGACUGUUUCUCAUUAGGGGAGGUGCCAUUAAGGCAUCUUAUAGGACAGGUAGACUGCCCUCUAGCAGGGAGGCUCCACUAGCCUUUUUGGGGUGGGGGGUGGGAGGAAGUCCAUCAAGGCUUUUCACAGGUAGACUGUUUCUCAUUAGGGAGGCGCCAUUAAGGCAUCUUAUAGGUAGGCUGCCCCUAGCAGGAAAGCUCCACUGAGUCUUCUCGCAGGUAGACUGCUGCUUGACAGAAGAGACUGCAUUUAGGUAUGUCAGAGGCUGCCAUCCUUUCUGAUGUUUGGGGUGGCAUCUCACAGGCUGCUCCUGGAUAGAAGAGGCUCCAUUUAGGUGUUCUAGAGGCUGACUGCCUUUUUUUUGGGGGGGGGGUAGGCUCUAUUAAGGCAUCUUGCAGGUAGGCUGCCUCUUAGCAGGAAAGCUCCACUGAGGCAUUUUGGAGGUAGGCUGUUUCUCAUUAGGGGAUGCUCCAUUAAGACUUUUUACAGGUAGACGAUUUUUUGCCUCCAUCACGCAGGUAGACUGCCUCUCAGCGGGAAGGAUCCAUUUAGGUGGCUGGUAGCCUGUUUACCAAUAGGGGCCGCUCCAUUAGGGCCUCUUGCAGGUAGACUGCUUCUCAACAAAGAGGUUCCACUUAGGCAGCUGGCAGGUGGUCUGUUUCUCAAUAUUGGAGACUCCAUUUAGGUAUUCUGUAAGCUGCCUCUCAACUAUGCCUGUCAGCAAGCAAGUUCCAUUUAGGCGGCUCACAGGUAGACUGCUUCUCGGUAGGUAGGCUCUGUGUAGGUAUAACAGAGGUAGACUGCCUCUCAGCAAGUGGGGUGAGGGAGCUCUCAAUUCAGGUGGCCCACAGGUAGACUCAUUCUCUACACAGGAAGGCUUCAUUUAGUUAUUCUGCAGGUAGACUGUCUUUAGGCAAGGAGGCUCCAUUUAGGCUGUUGACAAGCAAAACUGCUGCUCUUCCAUAGGGAGGCUCCAUCUUGCCAUCCUUGCAAGGGCUUUGAAAAGUCUGGCUGGCCAGUGUUUGAAACAAAAGGCUAGCCUAUGGCCUUCUAGCCUGAUCUAGCAAAGCAGCUUAUACGUUCUGUCCACAUUUAUGGAAUUUUACUCUGGCAACCCUUGAUGGCCAUGGAGAUGCAAUCAGAUGUUGCUGCAACGCUGGAUUGUAAUACCAUUCUUUGUAUCCAGGAAGUGUUUGUUUAUUGAUGGAUUAAGUGGAAGUUCUAGCGCUGCUACGUUGCUGCUGCUCAUCAGCAUGCCUGGCAUUUCAUGGAGUUUCGUAAGCAGAGAAGUCGGUUUGAAGCUCUACAAGACGGCAACCAUUUAAGCGUUGGAGGUAUUGAGAAACCACGAAGCUGAGGGAAGGGUGGAGGAGGCAGUUCGAUGCAUGGACUUUCACUUUCACUUGGGGAAAGAGAUCGAAGGGGCAGGUGGGUUUUGAGGCAAAGCAGGUGAAUACACAAAAUGCAGACAAAAGUGCCAGAAAAGUACAAAGGCAUUUGGAGGAGUUUGGGGCAAGGAUGUGCAGAAUCCAGGUUAGGCUUUAGCAUUCUGCUGGUGGUCUUUGAAAUGGUUGAAAUAAGAAUAAAAGGCUUGUUCACAUGUUAUACCAAACCCAGCUGCAAGCUGUCUCUACAGUUAUACAAGGGUAUGUGUGAAGGAGUGCAUGCUUGUUGAUUUUAUGCAGUUCCGUGAACAUGUACACAGGUAAUAAUAAUAAUAAUAAUAAUAAUAAUUUAUUUAUACCCCGCCCAUCUGGCUGGGCUUCCCCAGCCACUCUGGGCAACUUCCAACAAAAUAUUAAAAUACCGUAAUACAUCAAACAUUAAAAGCUUCCCUAAACAGGGCUGCCUUCAGAUGUCUUCUAAAAGUCUGGUAGUUGUUGUUCUCUUUGACAUCUGGUGGGAGGGCGUUCCACAGGGCGGGUGCCACUACCAAGAAGGCCCUCUGCCUGGUUCCCUGUAACUUGGCUUCUUGCAGUGAGGGAACUGCCAGAAGGCCCUCAGCACUGGACCUCAGUGUCCUGGCAGAAUGAUGGUGGUGGAGAUGCUCCUUCAGAUAUACUGGACCGAGGCUGUUUAGGGCUUUAAAGGUCAGCAUCAACAGUGGUACAGAUUUUACAUGUGCUGAAUGUAACGGGCGAACACUCCUAGAGUCAGAAGUGAGGCUUAGAAGAAGCUCCUUGCUUCUAAUAUUUGCUUUCUCUUCUCUCUCUCUCUCCUCUUCUCCCUGCUGCCUCUGAUUCUCUCUGCGUCACUGUGGCCAGUGCAUAUUCUGCCUUGCUUGCUCCACUAUUCUAUAUACCCCAAGCCCUCAGUGAAAGCAGCUUCAGCAAAAGAGAGAGGAAAAGGGAUCGGUGGGAUUUGAUGGCCAAGUUCUGUUGUCAGAGAGGAUUAAAAGCCCCUUAGCUUUUCAUAAGCAUACGGCUGCAGUCAUGGGGGCUAGAAACUUACCGUAUUUUUCGCUCUAUAGGACGCACCGGACCAUAGGAGGGGGAGAACAGGGAAAAAAAAUUCUCCCCCUCUCUGCUCAGCACCCCUUCAGCGAAGCGGCAGGAGAAACGGAGCCCCUUCCAUUUCUCCUCCCGCUUCGCUGAAGGGGCGCUGCGCAGAGAGGGAAAACUGUGCAGCGCCUCUCCAGCGAAGCGAAGCCGGGAGAGCAAGAGGGAUCGGUGUGCACUGACCCCUCUCGCUCUCCAGGCUUCAGGCGGCUAUCCGCAAGCCUUUGGAGUGCAGCGGGAAAUCCUCCGGGGGCUUCAGGCGACUUCAGCGAAAGCAACGUGAAGCCUCCAGAGCGCAGGGGGAGCUCUCCCUCUGCGCUUCGGAGGCUUCGCGUUGCUAUCGCUGAAGCCAAGGAGCCUGCAUUUGCUCCAUAAGACGCACACACAUUUCCCCUUAAUUUUUGAAGGGGAAAAAGUGCAUCUUAUAGAGCGAAAAAUACGGUACUCGUUGCUCAAAAGGACAAGGGAGCUUGGAUCCUUUGGAAUCUGAUGGACACACCCAGGAUUUUGUGCUGAAAUGCUACGGCUGCUUUUUAAGGCUUCCCCUCCUGGCCUUUGUGGAUAAGCGUUAUUUUGCUGCUGGAAAAGGUCAGAUAAGGUCAUAUAUGACUGUGGGAGGCAGUGUGAUCUGUGGCGUCCUUUGCCAAGCUGGUAUCUUGCAGAUGUUUUGGGUUAUUCUCCCAUCAGCCCCAGCCAGUGUACCAGCAGGGUACCAGUUUGGCGAAAACUGAAUCUGUGGCAUUAGUUAACCUCGAGUCUUGGGAAUAGCGUGACUCUCACAUGGCAUUUCCUUCGGCUCUUGGCUGGCACUCAGCAUUUUCGGUUUCUCAUCUCCCACCCUCCCUUCCAGAAAGCGCUUUCAUUAGUUGGGGAAGUGUUCCAUGAUGUGGCAAGCCAAACACUUCUGCAAGAAACGGGUGAGAGGUUGUUUGUUGUGGGUAUUCUUACCUCGCCUGUCACAACAGCUUCAAGGUGGCUUGCAGUGAAAACAUUAAAAAUACAACAAGACUUGAACACACAAACACACACACACAGCCCAGCUCUAACAAGCAAUAAAAGAGCAGAUUGCAGCAGGGGAACGCACAAAGGCGAUAGACUCUAAAGGGGCGAAACACUCUAAAUAAAACAUCAAUUUAAAGGUGUACUUCAGUAAAAGGGGAGGGUUGGUAAUAGUUGUAGCAGUGAACCCAUAUACGUUUACAUUCACCGGCUUUUGAUAUAGGCUAAUUGUAUUGCUUUGAUGUUACCCUUAUCUUUGGGGCUUGAGGUGCUGAGCUCUGAGAUCCGAAGAGGGGCUCUAUCUGUAAGGGUUGGGUAUUUGGCACCAAUGCCCUCAUUUAGUCAGGUGAAAUGAUGUAUGCUUCUUUUCUGUAUAAAGAAUAUAUAAAUAUUUGCUUAGGUGCAGACAAGGCAGCUCCUGGUUGCAAAAGCUAGGAGAACUGGCAGGCUGUUUUGCUGUAAGUCUACACUUUCUUUAAUAGAGAAUAAUAAUAAUAAUAAUAAUAAUAAUAAUAAUAAUACUACUAAUAAUAAUUUGUUUAUUUAUUUAUUUAUUUAUACCUCACCCGUCUGGCUGGGUUUCCCCAGCCACUCUGGGCAGCUCCCAACAGAAUAUUAAAAACUUGAUAAAACAUCAGACAUUAAAAACUUACCUAAACAGGGCUGCCUUCAGAUGUCUUCUAAAAGUCAGACACAGUGGUACCUCGGGUUAAGUACUUAAUUCGUUUCGAGGUCCGUUCUUAACCUGAAACUGUUCUUAACCUGAAGCACCACUUUAGCUAAUGGGGCCUCCCGCUGCCGCCGCGCCGCCGGAGCACGAUUUCUGUUCUCAACCUGAAGCAAAGUUCUUAACCCGAGGUACUAUUUCUGGGUUAGCGGAGUCUGUAACCUGAAGCAUAUGUAACCUGAGGUACCACUGUAGUUGUUUAUUUCCUUGACAUCUGGUGGGAGGGCAUUCCACAGGGCGGGUGCCACUACCAAGAAGGCCCUCUGCCUGGUUCCCUGUAACUCCAUUUCUCACAGGGAGGGAACCACCAGAAGGCCCUCGGCGCUGGACCUCAGUGUCCGGGCUAAAUGAUGGGGGUGGAGACGCUCCUUCAGGUAUACCGAUCACUCUGGUGUUUUUGGCAUUCUUCUUUGGUAUCCCUGCACCCAGUCACUCUCACGAGCCAUCCUCUGGGCCUGUAGAUCAGGAUAUCUAUCAUCUAUCUAUCUAUCUAUCUAUCAUCUAUCUCUAUCUGUGUGUGUGAUUGAGCAGCUCCUUCAGUGGUAGAGUAUCUCCUUUGCAUACACAAGAUCCCAGGAUCAACCCCUCGCAUCUCUAGGUGAGACAGGUAAUGCCUUUUGUCUGAAAUCCCAGAUCGUUGCUACCAGUCAGUGUGGACAUUGCUGAGGUAGAUGGAUCAAUGGCCUUACUCCAUCGUUCUGCCCAGACACUGAGGUCCAGCGCCGAGGGCCUUCUGGUGGUUCCCUCGCUGUGAGAAGCCAAGUUACAGGGAACCAGGCAGAGGGCCUUCUCGGUAGUGGCACCUGCCCUGUGGAACGCCCUUCCACCAGAUGUCAAAGAGAAAAAUAACUACCAAACUUUUAGAAGACAUCUGAAGGCAGCCCUGUUUAGGGAAGCUUUUAAUGUUUAAUAGGUUAUUGUAUUUUAGUGUUUUGUUGGAAGCCACCCAGAGUGGCUGGGGAAACCCAGCCAGAUGGGUGGGGUAUAAAUAAUAAAUUAUUAUUAUUAUUAUUAUUAUUUAUUAUUACUCCCCAUAAGGGACCAUCUUACGUUCCUAUGGGUCUUUUGUUCCUCAAAUCUCAUUCUUCAGUGUUGCUGUCUCUCUCUCCCCAAUUCUUUCCACUAGGAAAAAAAGAAAAAAAGUGAAGAGGAGGAGAGCGUCGCCUCUCAGCUGUCUCUUCCAGAUUCAGUUAGAGAUGGAGAAGAACCAACUCGGUCCUGCGACACCCAGGGAGAACGCCUUCCAGAUCCCAGGCUCUGCAACAAAGCCAAAGAGAGAGAAAAUGUGAAGGAUGCCUGCGAUGUCCUACCGAGUGCAGUAACUGUAGAAAAUGAAGGAUCUCCAGCAACUGCCCCGUUGGAGCCCCCGAUCCAGGGGGAAGAAUUUGCAGGCAGAGCUUUGCAGGAGGAGAAAAGUAUCGGCGGAAACCCAGCCAGUCCUCAGAGCCUCGCCGAAGCAGUUGCUUCCUGCGACCUGUCGGAAAGCAAUGCUCCUUGCGCGCCUUCUUUGCUGGGGAGUGCGCAGGCCCCAGAGACUGAGACCGUACGCAGUGACAAGCAGUCUGUUUCCCAUCCUUCGGAAGAGGUUCUACCCGCCGUCUGUGCCCCCAGCAAAGAGGAGGUUCAGAAAUCCGCUCCCAAAAUGCUCUAUCCGGAUCUCCCGCUGGAGCUGUUCAGGGAGAGGCUGGCAGCGGUUGCGGUUGCUCCCGUCAAACCGAAGGAGAGGCUUUACCCUGAGAUCCCGGCAGAGCCACAGCUGUUGCCUUUCACCCGAGAGCAGCUGAAGGUCUUUGAGCCCUGCUCCUGGCUGGAGAACGUCGACGCCUACGUGGAAGAGUUUGGGACUGUGGCGCACCAGGACAGGCACGAGUUCUUUGAGCUGCUGCUGAACUACUGGCGCUGCCGCAAGCAGCUGCUCCUUGCCGAGCGGAGCUGCAAACCAUUGCCUUGGAUUGCCAGAGCGCCAGGAGCCGCCUGUGGACUUUCAAGGACGAACAGCAGCCCAUCCAGGUGA